CCUAGAGAUUGUGUGACACGGGACAUGAAUUCGGACGAUGACACCUAAGUGAUUUUGGAGUAAUCAAUAUUGUUCGGAUUAUUGAGUGUUAUGGCUACUGAAGGAGGUACAUUCCGGACCGGUGGUCGGUUACGAUCCGGAUUUUACCACAUACUUAUCGUCGUAGUUUCACUUUUGGUGACGUCACAAGUUGGCGGGACGACGUGUCCACAGUAUGUAAAAACCGCUGCCUCAAACUGCUUUAGUGAUUAUCGAACUCAGCUUCAUAGCCUACAGGAGAGUGACCAUGCCCUAUUCUCCGGGGUUAACGUUGAGCUACUUCGCUCAUUCUGCACAACUUACAACGAAGCUCUUAGGUGUGUACAGCAAUUGUUUGACAACUGCCCACCGGAAGCGGAUGCACAAAUCACGGAGUCGCUUAAAAACCAGGAUGCUUAUGGUGCCCACGAAGAACUGACACAGCUUUGUCGCGACGAUAUGAUAUACGAAGUUUAUGCAAGAAACCAAAAUUGUCUACAAGCCGUAGGAGGUAAUUCUGAGAGAUGUUUUGAAAAUAUUAUGCACACCACUGUUAGAUUGAUGCAGCGGAUAGACUCUCUCCCUCUCCAGGAGUUGUGUGGGGACAUUAAAGAAUUGAUAAAGUGCAUUAAGACAGGUGUCUUGAUGAAGUGUUCCACGGAAGCUGCCAAAAUUGUGGAGAUCCUAGUGAAGCCCAUGGUGCGACGAUCUACACAGUGUGACUACAGUAUACCCUCCACCACGAGUAAAACUAUGGCGGCGCAAGUGACAAGAGCGCCACCUCGUGAUAAAACUGAACAAUACGUAUCUGGGGAGAACGGAGCAGCGAGUAUAUUCCAAUCCCAUUGGUUAAUAUUGUUUACAUUAGCUCUUCUCGGUCUAUGACAGGAAGAAGGACAUCAACACUGAAAUAAAUACACAGGAAGUCAUCUGAUAGGGAGCAUACAUUAUGAACCAUGAAAGUAAUCAUGUGACCAGCAUUAGUUAUCAUUCAUGGGUGUAAGAUGGUGGGACUUCAAGACAAUCAUUUUGCAAACAAAUGACUUCCACAUGCAAAGUUGAAACAUAAAUUCGUUUUCAUUUCUCAAAUUAUUGAUAUUCAUUUAAAAUGAAAAACCCGGACUGGCGACCUUGAUGGGCAGUCAUACAACAAAGUCGUUUCCUCACCGCUCAGAUGACGUAAUUAUUUCUAGUUCCUGUUUGGGGCACCGAGUGUCUUGUCGAUGGCAUUAGUAGUUUUAAAAGGAAAUCUAAGAUUGCCUAAUACGUAUUCGCACUCUUGUAGAUCAUCUUGUUUUGAUGAAUUCAUGUGAUAAUUAGUGCUAGGAGUUAUAUGUUGGAUAUUUAUUAUAUCCCCGAUGUUACUAACGUUUUGACAUUAAUAGAACUCUUCUCUUUGUUUUCAAAUACAUAGUCGUCUCCCGAACUACAUCCUGGGUAUUACUUUUGCUCCGACGAUUUGUAGCUCGCCCUCUGAUUGCACGUAUUGUAUGUUGUUGUAUAAGACAGUGGUCAGAUUCGAACAAGAUGGACGUUAACCAAAUGCGCGUCCGAGUUGCAGUUUGUCCAUUGCAUGGAUAUGGUGCUUUUGUCACAUGUAGAGAUGUGGAGAGUGUCUCCUAUUUGGCCUUGUUGGAUGCACAAAGGUCGUUUGGACCUGUUGGAUAUUUCCAUUUUUCAAAACGAGUUGAUAAACUGAGUGUUAUGUUCGGACGAGGUGAAAAUUGUUCCGUGCUGUGCAGUUUUCACAUGGGGCCUAUUUCACCAGUUCGGACCCUGUGGAUACUCUCCUUAUGUUUCGUGACGUGAACCAUAUUGUGUAAAAUUAGAUAGGAUCCCUUGGUUGUUCUGGAGACAUCGUGAUUAAAAUACACAUUGUCGAUAGACGUCACUGAUUUCUGCCUUUUACAUGUUGCCCAUUGGGCAUUGGUGGGCGUAGUGCGAACAUGUGGGCGUGGCAGAUAUGGUGAUAGCAAGAAAGAAGCCAUGACAGAUACAAUAAGUAUGCAAUGGGCUUACAUGUUUUAGUGAAAGUGUUAAGUAGUAUGAGGCCAGAGUGUGGUAGUAAUAUUCGUUUAAAAAGAUGAAUGGAUGAUUUGUGUUAGGUCGGAUGAGAGGUGUGUAUGUACGUGAUUGCAGAGCAUUAUAAUGCUGUUAUUGAUAAUAUAUAUUUGUUAUCCGAGACUUUUGUUAUGUACAUAUUUUUGUAAAUAUAUAAUUUAUGUACAAUAAAUUUAUGUGUCCAAUCA